CCUCGUGGGUUAGUACCAGGAAGUGGACUGCUGAGCUAAAGUCAGUGGCACAGAGGACCCAUUCGCUGUCGUUGCUCCGGGACGUCCACCGUGAGGAGUCGCGUGUGUAGACCUGGGUGUCGCGGGGACGCGAAAACUCCGCGGAGCCACAGUCGCCGCGGGUCGGCCUGGGAAAGUCAGCAGUCAGCCCCGCAGUGGCGGGAAUCGCAGCCCGGCGGCCCUGGAACCUCCCAGGGCAUGCUGAUCACCCAGACCUGCUCACCUCUGCAGCAGAACAAGGGGAAGUAGCUGAGGAAGGAGACAGUAGCUGAGGAUCCAGGGCAGUAAGCAUCUAUUCAUUGUUCCUGAAAGAAAAACUCAAAGAAGAGAAACAGAAAGGAAUGGCUGAUUCUCCAAUAAACAUGCCCCAGGGUCUGUUUAUAUUCCGGGAUGUGAAUGUGAACAUCUCCCAGGAGAGAAAGGAAUGCCUGGACACUGCUCAGGGAAAUUUGUACAUUGAUGUGAUGUUGGAGAAUUACAACAACCUGGUCUCUGUAGAGAACUAUGGCAUGUGUAACACUGUUCCCCAGCAUGUGAAGACUGAUAAGGAGUCUCGUCAAUGUAAUGAGAUUGGCAAAAUGCUUCAUGACCCAUCCACAUGUGCACUUUAUAGAACAAGUGAAACUGCAGAAAACUCUAAUAACUACAGAUGCUGUAAUAACGGGAAUGCCUCUGUUGACUCAUCUAACCUAGAUAGACAUGAAAGCAUGCACGCUGGAGAAGAACCUUGCAAAUCUAGAGACUGUGAGAAAUCUUUAAAUUUAUGUUCCAACAUUACUCAAAAUCACAGAGUCUAUACUGCAAGGAAAGACAACAGGAAGGGAGAAUAUGGUAACUGUUUCAGCUCUGCUUACAGUCCUAUGCAGCAAACAAUCUAUAUUAGAGAGAAACCAUUCCUGUGUGAGGAAUGUGGGAAAUGCUUCAAUACUGCCUCAAACCUCAGUGUACAUCGGAGAAUUCAUACUGGAAAGAAACCCUAUAAGUGUGAUAUUUGUGAAAAAUCCUUUGCCCGACGCUCAAACUUUAAAAUUCAUCAAAGACUUCAUACUGAGGAGAAACCCUACAAAUGCAAAGAAUGUGGAAAGUCAUUUCGUCAGUCCAUGGGACUUAAUAACCACCAGAAAUUGCAUACCGGAGAGAAACCUUACAAACGCAAAAAAUAUGGAAAGUCCUUUAUUGGAAAGUCAAAUCUUAAAGAGUAUUACAGAAUCCACACUGAAGGGAAGCCUUAUAAUUGUGAGGUCUCACUGAUCACCCAGACCUGGCCACCCAUGGAGCAGAACAAAAAACCCAGAAAAAUGGAGAGGGAGGAGACAGUGUCUAAGGAUCCUGGACAGCAAGCCAUCUAUUCAGCAAGCCGUCUAUUGUUCCUGAAAGAGAAACUCAAAGAGGAGAAACAAGAAAUGGCUGAUUCUCCAGGACAUAUGUAUCAGGUCAUUGGUCAUAGUCUGUUGACAUUCUGUGAUGUAGCUGUCAACUUCUCCCACGAGGAAUGGGAAUGCCUGAACUCUGCUCAGAGGGCUUUGUAUGUUGAUGUGAUGUUGGAGAAUUAUAACAACCUGAUCUCUGUGGAGAACUAUUGGAUAUGUGAUCCUGUCUAUCAACAUGUGAAGAAUGAAAAGGAUUCUUGUCAGUGUUGUAAUGACCUUGUCAAAAUGCUUCAUGACCACUCCAAAUAUGCACUUUAUAAAACAAGAGAAGCUACAGAAAACUCUAAUUUAAUCUACAGCUGCAGCAAUCACGGGGAUGCCUCUAUGAACUCAUCAAUCCUAGGUAGACAUGAAAGCAUGCACAGAGAAGAACCUUAUAAAUCUAAAAACUGUGAGGAGUCUUUAAAUUUAUGUUCUAAUAUUACUCAAGAUGAGAGGCUGUACACUGCAAAGAGAGAAAACAGACAGCGAGAAUAUGGUGACAAUUUCAACUCGGCAUACAAUCUUUUGCCCCAAACAAUCUACAUAGGGAAAAAACUACACCAGUGUGGGCAAUGUGGUAAAUUCUUCAAUUUCCCCUCAAACCUCGUUAUACAUGAGAGAAUUCAUACUGGAGAGAAACCCUACAAGUGCAAUGUGUGUGGCAAAUCCUUUACCAAUUGCUCAAGUCUUGAAAGACAUCAGAGAGUUCAUACUGGAGAAAAGCCUUACAAAUGUGAGGUAUGUGACAAAUCUUUUACAGUGAUCUCAAAUCUUAGAGCACAUCAGAAAACUCAUACUGGGGAGAAACCAUACAAAUGUAGAGUAUGUGACAAAUCCUUUACCCAGAGUUCACAUCUUAAAAGACAUCAGAGAGUUCAUACUGGAGAGAAACCUUACAAAUGCAAGGAAUGUGACAGAUCAUUUUGUAAGAGCUCAACUCUUCAAGCACAUCUGAAAAAUCAUACUAGGGAGAAAACUUACAGAUGCAAAACCUGUGACAUAUGCUUUACCCGGUAUUCAAAUCUGAAAAUACAUCAAAGAAUUCAUCCUAAAGAGAGAACUUACUUUUGUAAGGAAUGUGGCAAAUAUUUUACUAGCAGCUCAUAUCUUAAAGUACAUCAGAAAAUUCACACUGGAGAGAAAUCUUACAAAUGCAAACACUGUGAUAAGUCCUUCACCCAGUGUUCAACUCUUAGAACACAUUACAGAGUUCAUACUCGGGAGAGACAGCAUGUGUAAGGAAUGUGAGGUUUGUUUUACUGAGUGUUCAAUUCUUCAAACACAUCAAAAGAUUCAUACUGAAGAGAAAUAUUGUUGUAAAUAAGAUGACAUAGCAUUUAUAUGGUGUUACAAAUCACAACAGUGUACAUGAUGAAAACAUAAAUGUAAAAUUGUAAAAACCUUGAAAGAAUCUUAAAGUCUUAGGAAAAUAUUAAAGAGUUUAUGUUAAAUUAAAAUCCUACAAUUCUGUGUGAAAAGCUUUUAAAAAUGCCUAGGUAUUUUGACUGCAUGUAUGCCUCUACCUUGUAUGUAUGCUCCUGCCUGUGGAGGCCAAAAGAAGGUAUCAGAUCCACUGAAGCUUGAGUUAUAGGUAGUUGUGGGUUGUGUGUGUGUGUGUUAGCAAUUGAAGCUUGGUUCCUUGGAAGGGCAGCCAGUACUCUUAACCAUUAAGCUAUCUGUCCAACCACCUGGGGAAAGCUAUAAUUAAAACAUUUACCUUGCUCAGUAUCCUAAAUUUCAUAUUAAUACCAUCCAUGGUUGUGGUGGUUUGAAAGAAAGUGGCCACUAAAGGGAGCAGCACAGUUAGGAGAUGUAGCUUUAUUGGAGUAGCAUUGGUCUACUCGUGUAUGCUCAAGAUACCACCCAGUGUCUGAGUCCACUUCCUUUUGCCUUGGAUCAAGAUGUAAGGACUAAACUUUAGCACCCUGUCACCCUGCAUGCUGCCUUCCUACCAUGACGAUAAUGGACUAACCCUCUGAAGUAUAAGUGAGCCAUCCCUAUUAAAUGUUUUCCUUUGUAAAAAGUUGCCAUGGUCAUGGGUCUCUUACCAGCAACAGAAACCCUAAUAGGGACAGAAGUAUUGCAGUGAUAGGCCUGACAAUGCUUGAAGAAAUAUGGACCUUGGGACUAUGGAUUUAAAAAGUAGUUAUCUGUUUUAAGUGCUGGUUAAUGGGACAUCCUGGUAGGAGCAUGGAAGACAGUGGUACUAAGUGAUUUUAAUAUGAGUACCUGGAUUGGGUAGUAAAAAAAUGUUAGUAUGUGUCUUAGAGAUUGUUGUGAUAUUUUGAUGAAGAAUGUAGCUGCCUUUUGCCCUUGUCCAAAGUUUCUCUGUGAGGAUAAAGGGAAGUUUUGGAGUUUGUUAAUUUCAUUAACAGAAGGCAUCUCAAAACAGCCUCAUAUAGACUCUACAAUAUAGCUAUUAGUGAUAACUCUAAUGAAUAUUUUGUAAUGGAAAUGAGCAUGUCUAGCAAGAAAAAAUACAAAAUGUAGAACAAUUUGCAAAGGAAAAGGGCACUAGGAAUGGAGUUGAAUUCUGUGUUCCAGGAGCUAGAAAAUGAACAAUGGGAGUGGUGACCUCAGGACAUCAUCCUACCCAGAUAAGUUUCCAACUUGUGAAAGAAAAUUAAAAGAAACUUACAGCCAGGUGUACUGAUACAUGCUUUUAAUUCCAGCACUGGGAAGGUAGAGCCAGGCAAAUGUCUUGUUUGAGGCCAGCCUUUUCUACAAAGCAGAUUCCAGAACAACCAGCCUUAGGCAAUAAAGGAAAUUGUUGAAAGCAAAUAUGGUGAAGGGGCCAUUUCCAAUCCCAGUAAGAAAGAGAACGCAGCAGCUUUGACCUCAUAAUUCUGACUUCAAGGGUAGAAGAAAUGUAUGUGGAACCCUCCUCCUUGAGUAACGAAACUCACUAAGGCCACACAUGUGUCCAGGGUGUGCCGAAUGGAGGCCCAGAGAGGUUAUUGUGUGAAACUGAAGGAGAAGCCUGUAUAUCCUUGGUGACCCCAAGAUGUUAGAGAUGCCAGAGUCAUGAGAUAUCUGUUGAAGAAAGCUGCUAACAGGGAGUGGGACCAUCCCAUGAGAAGGAAGUGUAUUACCAUCAACACAAUUGAAGGGAGUUGGAGCUCUGAAGAACAUUUUGACAUUGGACAUGGAAAUGCAGUUUGGAAUACCUGAUGGGUUUUUGGUCUUGUUUUGGUCCAGUAUUUCCACAUUUGCUUCCCUGUGUCUUGGAAUGGUAAUGCAUAUUCUGUGUCAUUAUAUGUUGGAAGUAUGUAUGUGGUUUUUUUUUUUUAUUACAGUGAAAGUGAUUACAUGACUCAGAAGAGACUGGACUUUUAAAUGUUUAGACUGUGAUAGAGUAAGAUCUUUUGCAUUUUUUUUGCAUUAUGAUAUAGUUACAUGCCUUUAGGGGCUAGGCAGUCAAAUUCAGUGGUUUGAAAGGAAAUGUCCCCCAUAGGGAGUGAGAUUUUUAAGGAGAUAUAGUUUUGUUGGGGUGGUUGUGGCCUUGUUGGAGGUAGGGUGUCACUGUGGAUACAGGCUUUGAGUUGUCAUCUGCAAGCUAUUCUCAUUGAGAUACUUUACUUCCUGUUGCCUUUGGUUUGUUAAAAAUUAAAGACAGCUGACUUCA